AUGACUUCCGAGAUGCCGCACUCAGUUACGCCGGAAUCGACGCCCGCAGAGGAGUCCUCAGCGACAGUGUCCCAAACGGAUGCUAUCAAACCCGAGCCGGAGACGCAAGAUGUUGCAAUGGAAGACGCACCCACAGCCGCCGCGGUAGAGAAGCCCAAGGUAAACCUCGAGGAGCUCUUCGACGAUGAAGAUUCAGACGAAGAGUUUCCUUCGAGCGCGCCGGUGCCUAGGUCGCAGGAGGACGCCUCGCAACCCGCACCAAUCAAGAUCACAUCCAAAUCCUCCUUCUCCGACCCAGACGUCAUGCGCGCAUUCUACCAACGCCUGUUCCCCUUCCGUCCCCUCUUCCAAUGGCUCAACCAUUCCGCAACACCCAGCAACGACUUUGCACACCGCGAAUUCGCCUUCACCCUACCCAACGACGCAUACCUACGAUACCAAUCUUUCCCAACAGCCGAUCUCCUGCGGAAGCAAUGCAUAAACAUGCUGCCCUCACGUUUCGAAAUCGGUCCCAUGUACAGCACAAACCCAAGAGAUAGGAAAACACUGCGGAAAGCGAGCUCGUUCCGCCCGUUGAUGAAAGAGCUGGUCUUUGAUAUCGAUAUGACGGAUUACGACGACAUCAGAACAUGUUGCACGGGUGCGAGCAUCUGUCUCAAGUGCUGGGGCUUCAUCACAAUGGCCAUCAAGACCAUCGAUGUUGCUCUACGGGAAGACUUUGGCUUCAAACAUAUCCUCUGGGUGUAUUCCGGUCGUCGAGGAGCCCACGCCUGGGUCUGCGACAAACGAGCCCGAGAAAUGGACGACCAAAAGCGCCGCUCCGUAGCCGGCUAUCUCGAACUACUCAAAGGAGGAGACCAGGGCGGCAAGAAGGUCAACGCGCGACGACCUCUACAUCCUCAUCUCGAGCGCAGUCUGGCUAUCCUGAAAGAGCACUUCCAGACCUCCAUCCUCGCUGAACAAGAUCCCUGGGCCGCGGAAGAAAAGUCCGCGCACCUCCUCGACCUCAUCCCAGACCCCACGCUCAGAGCAGCACUGAAGAAGAAGUGGGACUCUGCGCCCUCCCGCCCCAGCGCAUCGAAAUGGGCCGACAUUGACGCGUUAGCCAAAUCUGGCGCCUUGUCAAAGACACCCAAAGACCUCCUCGAAGCCAAGCAAGACAUCAUCCUAGAAUACACAUACCCCCGCCUCGAUGCCGAAGUCUCCAAGAAACUUAACCAUUUGCUCAAGUCGCCAUUCGUAAUUCACCCCGGAACAGGACGUGUCUGUGUUCCAAUCGACACAAGGACCGUGGAGGAUUUCGAUCCGUUGAGUGUACCAACAGUCACGCAAUUACUCCAGGAGAUCGACGAUUGGUCAGGCGAAGAAACCGACAAGAAGAUACAGGACUGGGAGAAGACGAGCUUGAAGCCAUACGUGGACUACUUCCGACGGUUUGUCGCGGGCUUAGUGGACGAGGACAAACCAGCGCUGAAGAGGGAAAGAGAAGAAGGCGCCGAUGCCAUGGAAUUCUGA